AUGGAAGAGGAAAGGAGCAGCAGAAGGAGCUGCUUCACUCAGACCUCCUGCCUGGGUGCAGAUUUAGGGGAAGACUCGCAGCUGGAGUAUCUCAGUGCUCACGAGGAGUACGAGGAUAGGAUCAACUCGAGUGAGUUUUCUGAGCAGGGCGAGGUUGGAGAGGUGAAGGCCAUGCCACUCGUUGGUGACAAGGUGCCACCCCAAAUCACAGCAGGGGAAGAAGAUUCUGGAAAGAGCCAGAGAGCCACCCGCAGCGUGGCAGUGGAACCGGACAUUCCUUUCCUGCCGCCCAGGGAAGAGGCCCGGCUCUGCAAGCACGCAGAGCCCCACUGCUGCAGCAGCUGUGAAAAACCUGCCGUGUGCGCUCGUGGUACCAGCAGCACUGCAGAGGAUGCUGAAACCCAACCCCCAGUCCCUGAAAUCCUCCCUAGCAAGAAUCCUGGUGCUGGCAUGGAAGCUGCAGAUAAAUCCUCUGGUGGGAGCCCCAGGGCUGGGAAGUCAGAGCGUGCUGAAGCCCUGAAGAGCGUUCCCGGUGUCGUUGUGGAUGCUGGCUCUGAUCCCAGAGCUGCCUUCCCAACGAGCAGAAGCAGCAGUGCCCAGGUCUCUGUCUGCUCCAGGGCAGUGAGCACAGAGGUAACCACGAUGAGCAAACCUCAGCCUGUGGCUCAAACCUCCGUGGAUGCUGCUUCCAACACGGAGUCGUCCUUAGGAGCUCUCAGCUCACACGUGCAGCAGGAAUCCAAAGAUCAUCUGUCUGUCUGUGACUGGAUGACAGGCACUGAUAGGCCAGAACAUCCCAACAAGCAAACUGGGAAGAUUUCUGCAUCAAGCUGCUGUCAGAACGUCCUGCAGAGAGCGACUGAAGCAGAGCUGGAGCUCCUGGCCAUCCAUUACAAGAUGUGCUACCAGCACUGCUUGAAGGUGUAUGAGCUGGCUUUGGAGGAAAACACCUGUCUUGGGACAUAUUUUAAUAGCUGCGAGAAAAAGGCUGAGUUGUAUUCAUCUCUGCAGUUGGUUUUGGAUGAACUGGACAAUAAUUACAGCAAUAUCAGAAGGGAAAUAAACAUGGGCAUGCCUUUAAAUGAACUUCCACCACUGUCAGUUGAGCUGAAGUUUUCUCCACUCUCUUCCUUUUACAUCCCCUCCGAGUAUUUCAGAAAGAAUCUUUACUCUGAUGAUCUUUCAGGUGAAGGGAAAGCUGACUUUGAAGAACCAAAACAGCAAGAAAAGGGGAUUUCUGUCAAUAUGGACAGCUCACAGACUGAUAGUGAUCAGCCAGGUGACUCUGCUUCCCCUGAGACGUGGGAAGAGCAACUUAAAGAUCAGGCUCUGGAAUGUGGCUUUGUGAAAAAUGAGGAAGGAAGUGAGUAUUGGUUUGAUGCUAAGGAAGACUUGUCAGUGGCAGAUAUUUCAAUAAUGUGCAAAGAAAUGAAAAAGCAACAAGGAAAACAAGACUCGAUUGACUCAAGAGAAGUGAAGAUAGUGGGGAGAGGGAAGGAACAUUCUUCUGUUCCUGUUGGUGGCCCAAAGCCCUCAGUGCCUGAGGAUCCUGGGGAAAAUUCCCUGCAGAAAACAUCCUCUGUGAACCCAUCUGGUAUCUUUGUUUCUCCUUAUGCACUGAACUUGAGCAGCUUUACCAAGUUAAUAAAGAGACUUCAAGAAAAGCAUCCAGGGUUUAGCAGAAAUGAAAUUGUGGGGGCUGUGCAGGAGGUGAGGAAAAUGAACAAAGGUGUCCUGAGUGGCUUGGCCAUCAGUUCUAUCGAGGAGAAGGCCUCUGACAUUCUGAGGAGAGCUGUGGCUUUGUGCCGUGCCCUUGGUCCUGGUGCUGCAGGAGAGCCCGGCCUCCGUCCCGCUGCCCCCACGGGAGCGCUUCCCGCCCAUCUACCCCGCGCUGCCGCCGGGAGAGCGGGGCGGGAGCGGGGCAGGAGCCGGGCGGGGCGGGGCCCGCCCCUCUGGCAGCGCCGCGGGCGCGGAGCCCGCCCGGCCCCGGGAGCGGAGCGCUCCUGCCGCGGGGCCAUGGCCCUGCUCCCGCGGCGCUUCCUCUGCUUCGUCCUGGCCCAGCACUUCAUCGCGGCCACGGCGUGCCAGGAGGCCGACUACGGCUGGAUGAUCCGGCACUACUGCCUCAAGGACUUCCAGGACAGCAUGGAGGGCAUCGGCCAGCGCCUCUGGUGUGACUGGGACGAGACCGUGGGCACCUACGGGGAGCUCACCAACUGCACGGCGCUGAUCGCCGAGAAGCUCGACUGCUACUGGCCCAACCGGCUGGUGGACGAGUUCUUCGUGGCCGUGCACAAGCAAUACUUCAGGAACUGCUCCCCGUCGGGCCGGGCGCUGCACGACCCCCCGAACGGCGUGCUGUGUCCCUUCAUCGUGCUGCCUGUCCUUGUCACCCUGCUGAUGACGGCGCUCGUGGUGUGGAGGAGCAAACGCAGCGAGGGCAUCGUGUAGGGGCGGCGCAGGGCAGGGGAGGGACGGGCGGGACUCCCCUGCGGCGAGCCUGGGGUUUGGGAAGAGCCUGCCAGAGGAGCUGCACGGAGGGUACCGAGCCCCCGAGGCAGGGACAGCAUCGCCAGCGCUCCUCCUCCGCUGGUUUCCAAAUAAAUGUAAUUUUAGCCAUGGUUAUUGGGCGGAGCGGGCUGCCCGGGCAGCGGGGACUCCGCGGGGCUCAGCCCGCACCGGCCGCGCUCCGCUCCGCCUCUCCCAGCCGCUUCCCCGGCUUCGUGUGCCGAGCAGGAGAAUUGUAAAGGGAAAAAAACCCAGGGGGUGUGGGGUAAAGGGAAACAAACCCCAGGGGGUGUGGGGUAAAGGGAAACAAACCCCAGGAGGUGUGGAGAGUUGAAAUCCUGCCAGCCCCGCGGUGCCAGCGCGGCAUCAACACACGUGAGACCAGCGGGUCUGGGUGGGCCUGAACAUCCCCGGCUUCCUCUCUGUCCUGUUCUGGGAUCCCCCCACACGUGGGAAGGCAUUUCUCCCCCAGCCCCCCGCACAAGCACUGGGUUUUGCCUGGGAGGUGGGGGACAACGCGGGGAAGUCGGCGGUGAGACCGGGUGGGACCGCUGGUGCCCUGGGGCUACUAACAAGGAACGGGAAUAAGGUGCUUUACCCACCUAACUAAAUAAAUAAAUACACGAAUAAA